AUCUAAUUUACAAGAGGGAAAAUAUGUGCAAAUUUUAGGUAUAAAUAAAAACGUCCAGCAUCAAAUUGGCAUCAGUUUGUGUUUGAUUAUAACUUUAAAGCAGUUGAUAUCAAAAUGUUCAAAAUACUAUUCCUUUGCACAUUAGCUGUGUUCGUCAGUUGUAAACCAUCCCCGAACGAUGGUGUUGUGCCAGCGGCAGCUGUACCAAGUGACAAUGCACCGAACGUCGAACCGGUAGCUGUAUUGAGUGUCAAUGAACCGGAAGUAGAACCAGUUUUGAAAACAAGCGAAUCUCAGUCCGACAAAGAAGAAAUUGUCAACCAAGAUCUUGCAAAAACAGCUGACGACGGUCAACAGGAGGAUAACAUUGCUCUUAAACCACUAUGGUUGCUAGCACUAUUGGCUACCACAACUACAACGACAACUACGACGACCACCACAACCACGACAACUACAACAACAACAACUACAACUACCACCACAACUGCAGCACCUGCUGCUUGAUCUGUAG